AUGAAUAUCUUGUCAUGGAUUGCGCUUACGCUGUGCUUUGUCACCCUCGUUAUCGUCAAAGUUCGGUCAAUAUGGUCCCGAAAACCCACGCCGCGCACAAGUUGCAGUGACCUGAAGCGCAUAGCGCCCUACCCAGCUCAACCCAUCAAAGGACGAGAGAGAUACCGGGUAAUGAUGGACGUGCGCAGGCUGGACGUGGAGAACUGGCUCACCGUCGACAAGAACUACAUGGACGAGCACCAGAUCCGGAGCCAAUUGUUGCGGGAGGAGAAGCAGAAGGUGCUGCAGUGUUUGCCGGAAUCAUACGAGGCGUGUCUGGAGGCAUUGGAGGAAGUGGUCGAUUUCCUCUGCCAACGAUUCUCGGAUAUGUUCGAACGGAAAAAGUCCGGCGACGAGACGACCAUCCAUAAUAAGAUGACCGGGGAGACGUUUGUCUAUGGGGGCCAGAAUCGAGAUGUGGAUCCGUUGGAAAUCGCUGUGCGAUUGACCAUGGAGGACCUGAGUAUUCUGAUGAAGAAUGCGGACGAUGAGUAUUACCUGGCCGCCAGCGCAAGUCUAUUCCCGGUAGGAUGGACGGUGCAGGAACGAAUUGGAUGGACGAUCUCGCGACUACACAACCCAGUUCCGUUAUGGCACCAGCAGGUUGCCAAUUCUGUCAGCAAAUUUCUCAUUCGCCUAACACCCUCGUCCCCCAUGGAACGAUCCAACUACUUCGUCGAGGUGAAACGCCCCGGCGAAGACCUCUUCGAGAUCCUCUACCGUCCGACCACACUAUCGGAGGACAACCCGAACCCAUCACCGCAGGACAUCGUCAUCCGACGGGAGCGCCAGACUUUCCGCCGCCUUCCCCGCACGGGGACGAUUGUGUUCGGCGUCAAGACGAUUUUGACGACGCUAGACGAGUUGCCGAUGCAGGAGUUGCAGAACCUGGCCAAGGAGAUCCGGAGUUGGCCGGAUUACGUGGGUGAGUACAAGGGGGCAGAGGUCUGGGGGGCCAAAGCGCUGGAGUUCUGCGAAUGGAAGAGCCAAAUGCAGCAGCGGAAGGAAGCAGAGGAGAUGAAAGAGAAGGAGAAGAAGGAGACGUUGGAGGUGUAA